UUUGCGUGGCGCAUGCGCAGUUCAGCGGAGACUCAGCCGUGACUAGUUAGCUUACUUAUAUGCUAGCUUCUCGUAGCGUUCUGUUAGUUUGUAUUUGUACUUUCGCUAACCAUUGUAAUAAAGCAGUCAUUGAGUAACAGGCAGUCGUUCCUACCGACAUAGACUGACGUGACCGAGGCGUGAAAGACUAUGCCCAAAAAUAAAGGUAAGGGAGGAAAGAAUCGGCGACGUGGAAAGAACGAGAAUGAGUCAGAGAAGAGAGAGCUGGUGUUCAAAGAGGAUGGACAGGAAUAUGCUCAGGUGAUUAAAAUGUUGGGGAAUGGACGUCUGGAGGCCAUGUGCUUUGAUGGAACCAAGCGGCUUUGUCACAUCAGAGGGAAACUCCGGAAAAAGGUUUGGAUCAACACGUCAGACAUCAUACUGGUCGGACUGAGAGAUUACCAGGACAACAAAGCCGAUGUCAUCCUGAAGUACAACGCGGACGAGGCUCGUAGUUUGAAAGCGUACGGAGAGCUGCCAGAGCACGCCAAAAUCAACGAGACAGACACGUUUGGUCCUGGAGAUGACGACGAGAUCCAGUUUGAUGACAUUGGUGAUGACGACGAGGACAUUGAUGACAUCUAAAGAUGUGAAGACCAGAUCUAACCUUCAUCUUAUUAUAAUUAACACAGUUAAAUAAACACUUUAUUAAUAAA